AUGGCGGUGGCAGCAACGAGUUUUCCGCGAGGCAGAAAGACUAAAUCUUUGGGUCAGAAGGUGGCCGCACCGGUUGCUGCUUCGGGCGAGGCGCUGUUUGGCAAACGUGGCUUGACCGCAGCGGCUGAAGAGCAGCCCAAAAAGAAGGCAAAAAAUGCUGCUACACAGGCCAAAAGCAACAAGGCCAGUGCAACAGAUGAGGUGAAGGACAACAAGGCAAUACUUAUCACAUACAAGAAUUUGCACAAGGGAAUGCUACUGCUUGGCUGUGUGCGUCAGAUCACAGACGGACAGGACCUUAUGAUCAGCCUGCCCAACAAGUUGAAUGGCACAGUGGCUCUAAGCGAGUGCUCUGAUGAAUUCUACGAGUACCACCGGAAGCAUGGGAAGGUAACUUCUCAGCCAAAUGACGACAAAGAGCAAUUGCAGCCUCUCAGUGCGCUGUUCACAAUCGGUCAGUUCGUACCUUGUGUGGUACUUGCCACAGCCAAGGUUGCGAAACACAAGCAAAUCCACCUCUCUUUGCGCACUUCGCUAGUUCAUGCUGAACUGAGUCCCAGCAGCGUUUCGAAGGGCACCGCACUGCACGCCACAGUCUCAUCUGUGGAAGAUCACGGCGUUAUUGUCAAUGUAGGUGUCCGCGGUGUGCACGCUUUCGUACCCCGCAACGAAAUCACGACGCUUGUGCACAAAGGCCAGCACUUGUUCGUUUCGGUAUUAUCAAUGAACUCGCACACUAAAACGGCCACUGUGACAGCUCACCGUAGCCACGUUGUCAAAGUUGUGACGCGCGGUGACUCGUAUACGCUUAAGCAACUCGUGCCAGGCAUGCUACUCAACGUUCGCGUGACAGACAUCUUGGAAAACGGACUCAGUGUCACGUUCCUCACGUAUUUUACCGCCACUGUUGAGCAGAAUCACAUGAGUUUUCCCUGUGAGCGUGGCUGGCAGGAGUCCUACCGCAAAGGGAUGAAGGCACGUGCGCGUAUAAUUGGCAUCGACUACAUCACAAAGAAGAUCACGCUGUCGAUGGCUCCUCAUGUUGUGCACCUGCUAGUACCGGAGUCGCCGUUUUUGGUUGGAGAUAUUGUCGAAAAAGCCACAAUUGAGCGCAUUGAUGCCGGUAUCGGCAUGCUGCUUUCGCUAAAAAGCAAGAUCGAUGACACUAACAUGGAGGAUACCAGCGAGACUAAAGAAUCAACGACAAAUAUCAGGUGGAAAGCUUUUGCUCCUGGAUAUGUGCACAUCUCCAAGGCUUCCGAUAAUCGCGUGGACAAGCUUGAAAAGAAAUUUUCUGUGGGUUUAGCUAUCAAGUGCCGUGUUCUGAGCUUUUGCCCCUUCGAUGCGGUUGCAAGCGUGAGCUGUGCAGAACGAUCUGUUUCACAAGUAGUAUUGCGCCACAAAGACUUGGUUUCGGGUACUAAGGUGAAUGGCAAGAUCUUGUCUGUUGAGUCGUGGGGAUUGCUGAUGGAAAUUAGCGAAGGCGUCCGUGGUAUAGUCACUCCACAGCAUAUGCCGCCAUAUCUUCUUAAUAAAAAGGCGAAUAAUGGUAAGUACAAGGUUGGAAAGACUGCGAGUGCCCGAGUGCUACAUGUGGAUCUCAGUGCCAGCAAGACAUUUUUGACGAUGAAGGCUGGACUGCUCGCUUCAGAGCUACGCGUCUUGAGCUCGUUUGAAGAGGCUACGAUUGGCCAAAUCGCGCAUGGAUUCAUCACUAAGAUCGGUGAAUACGGUGUGAUUGUAACGUUUUAUAACAAUGUCUACGGUUUGGUGCCUCUGGCUGUGCUUCAGCAAGCUGGUAUUGUAAAUUUAGAGGAAGCUUACGUAGUAGGACAAGUUGUUAAAGCGCGUGUGACACGUUGCGAUCCCGUGAGGAAGAGAUUGAUGCUUUCAUUUGACACGACACCGAAUAGCUCAGGUAACAAAAUAACACUCACCCCGAUUGCCGGAGACUUGGUGGGAACGACGAUCGCAAACGUGAAGAUUACAGAUAUAGAGGCUACAAGUUGGCGUGUUGAGACGCAGGACGGUAUGGUUGGUGUGCUGCCGUUCGUGCAGCUAACGGACUUUCCGCGUGAUACCUCUCUAGUGGACAAAAUCGUUCAGCAUUUUAGCGCUGGUGACGUGAUUGCGGAGCCGCUGCUUAUCGUGUCUCAGGAACCUGACGGUUCAUUAAUGCUUUCGAAAAAACCGCUUCUGCUUGAAUAUGCCUCAUGCAAGGCCACGUUACCUCGUACGUUUGAGGACGUUGAGGAAAAUACUGUCCUCAUUGGCUAUGUGACUUCUGUGAAUGUGUCAAAGGGUGUAUUUGUAAAAUUUCUUAACAACCUUGUAGCUCUCGCCCCCAAAGCUUAUCUUAAAGAUCGAUUUGUUGCGCAGGUGGACGACAAAAUGUUUGAGAUUGGCGAAACCGUGACAUGCUUCGUUGAAAAAGUUGACAAAGAGAAAAAACAGUUUGUUGUUGGGUUUCGACCAAGUAACUUUAUCACGUCUGUAAAAAGCACGAAUAAAGCUCGUCCUGCCUACUUCCAGGCUUAUCUCCGCGAGCAAGCCUUUGUGGGAAACAUGUUUUCAGUGAUCAAAGCCCCAUUUAAAUUAGGCACGAUAGAGUUGGCUGAGUUUAUUGGUGUCCGUCCUUAUGGUGCUGUAUUUGCUUUGGAGAAAACAGAUAAGACAUUCACAGUGUUGGUACCCUCGGUGACCGAGAAGACAAACAAUUGGACCGAUGGCGAUACUGUGAAGCUCCUGCUGACGGACUAUGACCUUAACAAGAACAUAUACUAUGGUGCGACUGACGAAGCGCUGGUUUUGAGUGGAUCUAAGAAGCCGCAUAGUCAAACUCAGCGCGUUAAGUCUGGAGAGAAAAUUGCCGCUAAAGUACUUGCAGUGAGCUGUACAGAAAAAUAUGCUGUGGUAUCUUUCCCCGACUGUAAAAACACUGGUUUGUUGCAGUUUGGCGUAGUGCAGCUAUGCGACUUCUGGUGUCCGUCGCAGACAAGCGGUAAAGUUGAAAUUGAAGUGGGCGCCACGAUCGAGUGCCAUGUUGUGCAGUCUUUGUUGACAAGCGGCUUUAACUCGACGCCGUUUGAUGGUCUAGUUUUGCUGGCUUUGGAAGAAAAGAACUUGGCAGCAAAGUCGAAGGUUGUAUCGCGCAAACUGACAUCCAAACUGCCUAAAUACACUCAGGAGGAUCUAGUGCUUGGUUGUAUGUUGACCGGUAUGAUUACCGGAAUCUCAGAGAAUUUUAUGGACAUCCGUGUGGAGACGCACAAGAAAGUUGGAAAGGUGCGCACGAUGGUGUCGAUCGUUGACGUUGACGAAGUUGAAGUGGAUUCCGGCCACGCUCACCCAUUUGAUAGGUACUCGGUCAACUCCACAAUUUCUGGCCGCAUAAUAGCUGUUAGUGCUAAGGGCGCGAACAAAUUGAAACCUGUUGAUAAAGAUAAUCCGGCAAAAUUUGUCGCUCUGCAGCUGUCUUUGCGCUCAGAAGACACAGCUGGCGACGAGAAGGUAAACGAUGUCCAUCGUUUUGUCCGUCCAGACUGGUUAGAAGGCAGUUCCGGUCGUGCGCUUUUGAAGGAAGGCACUCUGGUUGACGGCGUCAUCUCAAAGCAGACCGCGGAUGGACUGAAUGUCAAGCUUAGCGGUAGCGUCACGGGCACCCUCAGCUGUGUUGAGGUGUCAAACGAUGUAAACAUCUUACGUGCAUUUCGGAGCACUUUUCCGGUAGGCAAGCGUGUCAAGUGCUAUGUCCUCCAAGUAGAAACUGAGAAGAAAUUGGUGGAAUUAUCACUGAUCCAUUCGUCAUUGACAGAACAAAAAACUUCUUUGAAAAUCGGCAUCAUAGUAAACGGUGUUAUUUCGACCAAAAAGUCUACCAUCCGUCCGCCGUCGAUCAUGGUGCAGCUCGGUGCCCAUAUUUUUGGUCGUGUGUGCAUAACUGAACUGUUAAAUGAUUGGAAAAACAACAUGCUGGAAUUGCCUCAAUUUGCUGCUGGCACCGUUGUCCGCUGUGUUGUGCUUUCAACGCGCAACAAUCACAUUGAUUUAUCGCUGCGUGAAGACGCCUUACAGAAUCCGAUUGAAUACGCUAAAAAGACCGAGGAGCCUGCCCAGCACAAUGUAGGAGACUUAAUACCUGCUAUCGUGGCCACAACCACCACAAACGGCUGCUUCGUGCGAGUGGACCGUCACACGACGGCUCGUGUCUUGCUACGCGAUCUCAGUGACGAUUUUGUCCAAGAUCCACAAAGUCAGUUUUUUUCAGGCAAGCUUGUUGCCGGUCGAGUCAUUAAGAAGUCUGAUCGCGGGCUUGAGCUCAGUUUGAAGGCGUCUGUCGUCUCGGAUGACGUGUCGACUUUCAAGUUGAGCGACCUCAAGGAGGGCCUGACGGUAAAGGGCACGAUCACAAAGGUACAGUCAUACGGUGUGUUUGUUCGCAUUGAGAAGACAACCAUAAGUGGUUUGUGUCACAUUUCACAAGUUGCUGAUGAAAAGGUGACACAGCCGCUGGAUCAGAUCUUCUCGGAGGGCGAUUAUGUCAAGGCCAAAGUGCUAAAUAUAGAGGACCGUCGUGUGUCAUUCGGUUUGAAACCCUCAUACUUUGAAGGGGAUGAAAGUAGCUCAGAAGACGAAUCAGAUGAUGAUGAGGAGGAGGCUGACAGUGAUCUGAAAAACAAAGCUGAGCCAAUGGAUGUCGACGAGGAGAAAGUUCUCUCUACGAGAAGCGUGAAGAAUGCAAGCGAUGUAGACACUAAAUUUGAUGUAAGUGGAGACACUGGCUCUUCGGAAAAUGAAGAUGCGAGCAGUGUUGCUCCAGUGGAGUUUAGCUGGGAUGGGUUUUCGAACGUUUUGAGCGCAAAGAAGGAGUUGAAAGACGAAGAAGACUCAUGUGAUGAAAAAGAAAAAAAUGACGAAGACGCUACAAACCCCAGUAAGUCAAGCAAAACGAAGUGUCAACAGAGUGAUGAGUGGGUGAAUCUGCGCGAGAAGGCCCUAGCUAGCAAUGAAGAAGUUGCUCAGAGCGCAAAUGACUUUGAGCGUCUGCUAGCUGUAUCUCCACAGAACUCAUAUUUGUGGAUUCAAUAUAUGGCAUUUCACGUCGCGCUGACGGAGAUUGAUCUCGCUCGGGAUGUUGCAAUUCGUGCUACUUCUGCUGUGUCGUUUCGAGAUGAAAAGGAGAAGAUGAACGUGUGGGUAGCUUAUCUUAAUCUAGAGCACGACUUUGGCGACGAUGCGAGCUUUCUGCGUGUUUUUAAAAGUGCAUUACAGGUAAAUCAUCCAAAAAGGUUGUACUUGCACCUCGUAGACUUGUAUAUCCGCGCUGAAGAGCACGAAGAUGUGAAGCAGACGCUUGCCACCAUGCAAAAAAAGUUUCGGACGAGCAAGCAGGCGUGGAUCCGAUCACUACAGUACCUGAUAGGUUGUUCAAAGUUCAUGGAGGCUGCAGAGGUGCUGCAGCACAGUCUAAAGAGUCUGGCUGCUCACAAACACCUGCCAGUAAUACUCAAAUAUGGUCAACUUUUGUACGAGCACAACGAGCUGGACAAGGCACGCACGAUUUUUGAGGGUAUCCUAGCGAACUAUCCUAAGCGCAUGGAUUUAUGGAAUGUAUAUCUGGACAAGGAGAUCAAAUUUGGCGACCUAUCACUGGCACGUGCGUUAUUUGAGCGUCUGCUUGCUAUGGAAUUUUCGGCAAAAAAAAUGAAGUCAUUGUUCAAGAAAUACUUGCUGUUUGAGCAGGAGCAGGGCAACGACAUGCAGGUGGAGCAUGUAAGGCAGCUGGCGAAGGAUUUUGUUGCCAACGCUGCGGUCUAG